CAAAAAUGGCUUCGUCAUCAACGAGAAAGUACGAGACACGAAAGCGAGACCCAAACCCAAAAACCGCAGCUCUUCUCGUUAUCGAUAUGCAGAAUCACUUCUCCUCCAUGGCCAAACCCAUCCUCAACAACGCUCUCACCACCAUCGACAUCUGUCGACGCGCUUCAAUCCCCGUAUUCUUCACGCGCCACAACCACAAAUCCCCAACCGAUCACGGCAUGCUCGGCGAGUGGUGGAACGGCGAUCUCAUCCUCGACGGAACCACCGAUUCCGAAAUCAUCCGGGAGAUCCAGAUACUCACCAAACCAGAAGAGAUCGUGGAGAAGAGCACGUACAGCGCGUUUAACAACACGCGCCUCCAUGAAAAGCUGGGCAAGAUCGGGGUUAAGGAGGUGAUCGUGAUUGGAGUGAUGACGAACCUGUGCUGUGAGACGACGGCGCGUGAAGCGUUUGUUAAAGGGUUUAGGGUUUUUUUCUCGACGGACGCGACUGCGACGGUUAAUGAAGAGCUUCACGAGGCUACACUAAUGAAUCUCGCUUAUGGCUUCGCUUAUCUCGUCGAUUGCGAUAGUCUCCGGCGAGGUCUACUCAGUAAUAUAUAAAUGAUACUUACACCUUUUGUAUUUAGUUUUUAGUUUUUUUUUUUUUGGUGUAGUUAAGUAACAAUAACACGCUUGUUAAUAUCUUUUUCUCUUAGACCAUACACAAUGGCGCAUGUUUAGCUUGGAUGUGAGUAUUUAAAAAAAACAAAUUAAUAGAAUUGAGGGUGAUGAUACAA